AUGGACACAAAAUCACCUAUAAUCCUCAUACUCUUCUUCACAAUCCCAGCUCUAUGCACCAACCCACCGCGGCCCGAUUACUGCGACCCAUCCAUCGGGCCCGAAAUCCGCUUCCCUUUCCGGUUGGCUGACCGGUCCUCCGGCCGGCGCGGGUACCCGGGCUUCGACCUUUACUGCAACAGCGACAACCAGACGAUCCUCAACCUCCCGGAGUCCGGCGACUUCGUGGUGGACCACAUAGACUACUCUGCCCAAGCCCUGUUCAUCAACGACCCGGAUUCGUGCCUCCCUGCCCGAAUCCUCAACUUCAGCCUAUCGGGCUCGCGCUUCCGGGGCAUCAACACCCGGAAUUUCACUUUCCUCAACUGCUCGUCCGACUACAGCCCGGCCCGAUUCAUGCCCCUGCUCUGCCUCAGCGGGAGGAAUUUUACGGUGGUGGCCGUGAAUUCGCGAUUGCCGGCGGCGUCAGCGGAGGUGCCGCCGGGUUGCCGGAAAAUUGCCACUGCCUUGGUGCCGAUGCAGUGGACGGUGUCGCCGUUCUACUGGUCGUCGAUGGAUCUGAUGGAUGAUCUGGAGCUGGUUUGGAGCCAGCCCGAAUGCUGGACGUGUGAGAGUGAGGGUGGGGUUUGCGGGCUCAGGGGGGAUACGGGCCCGGAGAUUGGGUGCUUCAGGCCCGCUAGAUCAGGAGGCCUUUCUAGAGGUGCCAAAUAUGGCAUCAUAGUCGGAGUUGGAAUACCCGGGAUAGUGUGCAUAAUUGGACUAGCAUGUUACGCUUGCGGCAUUGUCCGGGCUUCCACCCUCCGGCGACAAUUGAACUCUGACCUACCCAACACAUUUUCCGAUCAACGGCCCACCAUUAGGUCGGUUAAUGGGCUCGACUGGCCCACAAUCGAGUCAUAUCCAACCACGGUUCUUGGGGAGAGUCGUCGGCUCCCGAAACCAAGCGAUGGCACAUGCCCGAUUUGUCUGUCUGAUUAUCAGCCUAAGGAGACACUAAGAAGUAUUCCCGAGUGCAACCAUUAUUUUCACGUGGAAUGCAUAGACGAGUGGCUCAAGCUCAAUGGGAGUUGUCCCUUGUGUAGGAAAUUGCCUGAGAGCACGCCCCCUUGCUCGUCUUCACUGUCGAUACUUGUUCAUCCACGAAUAUAGGUUGUGAUUUGGCCACACUAUGUGUUCAUUUUGUCAUUUUUUUAUAUACAUUUUGUGUAUAUAUUGGAAUUUAUAAAUUGUCUGAUAGGAUACUUUGUUGACUUUUAUACAACGCUCGAAUUGUAAUGCUUCAUGGAGCU